GUUAAGGUUCAUCUAGAUCGUCCAACAAAGCAAACGACAGGGAUUCGCUCAUCCAUGCCGUUUUGUUUUCCUUCCCUUAACACAAUCCUCUCCUUCUCCUUCCCUUAACACCUUAAAAUCCUAGAUUACUUCCUGUCUCCAAAUUAAACCUGGUCUGGUGUGUGUUGUGUUCCUCCAUCGUCAAUCCAUUGUUGGUCUUUUUCUCUCUCAAUCCAAUCGUCUCUACCUUGCCUGCUAGCUAUUCUCAUCCAUGGCUUCGCAAGAUAAAGGUCGGCCAUUGCCUAAAUUUGGUGAGUGGGAUGUGAACAAUCCUGCGUCAGCCGAAGGGUUUACUGUCAUAUUCAACAAGGCUAGAGAUGAGAAGAAGACUAGCAGUUCUGCAACUAACAUGGCAACUCCACGUAAAUCUGAUUCUGAGUCCAAGAAUGCUAAUUAUGCUCAGUUUCCUCCUACAAAGAGAAAGUGGUUUUGCUGCGGUUAGCUACCUAGAGAGCAUGGAAUGUGCUCCGAAUAUGGAUUAGACAAGAGGAGCCCUCGACUAACGCCAAAUUGUUAUGUGUAGUGUGUACCAUGUUCUUGCACAUUUGGUGGAGAAGGGAUGGCUUAUUAUCC